GGUAAACGCAGGAAGAGACGUGUUUUUGCGACGUGUCAGGAAGCUUCAUUAGCCAACAUGGCGGCUCAGCAGGGUGAUGUUGACGAGCUGUUCGAUGUGAAAAAUGCAUAUUACAUCGGCAGUUAUCAGCAGUGUAUUAACGAGGCUCAGAAAGUGAAGCCGUCAUCACCCGAGAAGGAAAUAGAAAGAGACACGUUUUUAUACAGAGCUUACAUCGCUCAGAGGAAAUAUGGUGUUGUUCUGGAUGACAUCAAGGCCAACUCUCCAGCUGAGCUCCAAGCUGUGAGGAUGUUUGCAGAGUUUCUGUCCAAUGAAGGCAAAAGAGAUGCUAUCGUUGCUGAUUUGGACAAGAAGAUGGCGAAGAGCUUGGAUGCUGCCAACACCACCUUUCUCCUCAUGGCGGCGUCCAUCUACUGCCACGAGAUGAACACGGACGCUGCUCUCAGAACUCUGCACCAAGGAGAAAGUCUGGAGUGUAUGGCUAUGACCAUUCAGGUGCUUCUCAGUCUGGAUCGUGUUGACCUGGCGAGGAAAGAACUGAAGAAGAUGCAGGAGCAGGAUGAGGAUGCCACGCUAACCCAGCUGGCCACAGCCUGGGUUAAUAUCGCUGUGGGUGGAGAAAAGCUGCAGGAUGCCUACUACAUUUUCCAAGAGAUGUCUGACAAGUACUCGUCUACGCUGCUGUUGCUGAAUGGUCAGGCGGCCUGCUACAUGGCUCAGAACAAGUGGGAGGAGGUUGAAGGAGUGCUGCAGGAAGCUCUGGAUAAGGACAGCAGCCAUCCUGAGACGCUCAUCAACCUCAUAGUGCUGACGCAGCACCUGGGCAAGCCUCCUGAGGUCACCAAUCGGUAUCUCUCCCAGCUGAAAGAUGCACACAGAGCUCAUCCAUUCCUAAAAGAUUAUUUCGCUAAGGAGAAUGAGUUUGACAGAUUAGCGAUGCAGUAUGCCCCCACCGCUACAGCAUAGAUCUUCUGGUUUUCUACACGACACCCUCAGGAGUGGACUAUGGAAAACACCCUGAGGGAAACCAUGCUUCUCUUUGUCAUGUUUGUUGUGAUGUUUUUCCUUGAAAAUCUUGGCUAUAUUUCAACCACACUAGAAAUUCUUACAUAUCUGUAUUGAUCCCCAUGCUCUAUACAUUUACAUUACAUUUUCUGAUAGCAGCAUUUCUGUUAUACAAGCAUUCCUUUGAAAUGUCAUUAAAUGAGUGCAAAAAUUGA